GGGAGGGGCGGGCCCUAACGAGAACACGACUCGCCUUGUUGUGUGUAUUCCCGUGCUCGCAUCGCCAUCUUGUUGCCAUCCUAAUUUUUUACGUAUGCGAGGAUCUACUUUCCGUUCGGCCGGAUUAAAAAUCGCCCGUGUGCUUUCAGGAGAAACCCAAGGGACGAAAGGUUUGGGAGGGCUGGUGUGAACCGUGCAUACGACGCUUACUACUGGGACGCUACUUACCUCCCCCCCCUCCCUCGGUCUUUUUCCUCCUUCCGUCCCGGGCUACCGGGUCUCCUGCCGUGAGGUUUUACGCGCAAUGAGCAUCGAUACGCUUCUGGAGGCGGCCAGGUAUCUGGAAUGGCAAGCCCAGCAGCAACAACAGACCACACGUGAAGAAGAGCAGCUUGAAGACAAGGAGCUCAUCAGAAGGGAGGCGGAGUCAAAGCAUGUGGAACUUGUGGCCUCACCAUCUCAGCCAGUAGGAGCCAACCAUGUCACCUGGGGUGAUGAAACUCACCGUCAACAGCCGCAUCACCUUCCUGCCCCACCGCCCCCGUCUCUACCUACUCGUCAACUCCCCAUUGCCGUCAUCCCUAUGGUGCCGGUUGUCACCGCGACGCCUUCAGUCCCGCCCCUUCCGCUCAAAACGCCGAUUGCUGCAGCAGCAGCGACGCUCAACAGCUCCCCGCCAGUCAAGAACUCUUCCUCCCCUCCACCUCAGCCGGCGACUCGUCAACUGUUGUGCUCCCCUCAGAUCAAAGUGGAACCCAGUGAGCAGCUGAUAGAUGUAAAGCCUGGAGCAUCACAGCUUCAGGUUCAGAUCAAUUACCCGGCCCCCAUCAGCACUAAUGGCUCCCAACAUGCACUGGUUCCUCAUCAGGCCCCACCCACACCUCAGCCACGGCCUAACGGGGUGACCAUGGAGGAAAUGAAGGGAAUGGAAGGGAAGAGGAGACCAGGAGGGGCGGGGACCAGAGAGGUGCACAAUAAACUGGAGAAGAACAGGCGAGCGCACUUGAAGGAGUGUUUUGAGACACUGAAGAAAAAUGUUCCGAACAUUGAUGAGAAGAAAACCUCCAACCUCAGUGUUCUCCGCAGCGCUUUGCGUUACAUACAGACUCUGAAGCGCAAGGAGAAGGAGUACGAGCACGAGAUGGAGCGUCUGGCUCGAGAGAAGAUCGCAACGCAGCAGCGGCUGGCCGAGCUGAAGAACGAGCUCAGCCAGAACAUGGACGCCAUAGAAAUCGACAGAGUCCUCAGACAGACCAUCCAGCCAGAGGACGACCAGGCCUCCACGUCCACGGCCUCAGAAGGAGAAGAUAAUUAUGAGCAGGACAUGGACGAGGACGUUCCCGCCCCUCCUGCUCCCACGCCCCUCCCCAAACCGGCUCCUCCCAUUUUACAAGCUCAGCCGCUCAUCACCCCUCACCUGGCGAUCCAGCACGCCACACUGCCUAUCCUCACCAGCGCCUCCCCCGCGGGUCCCCCUCCACCUCAAGCCAUUGCCCCUGCUCCAGCCCCGGGUCAACCCCCACCGCCACCUCCUCAUCCUAUCCAGGCCCCAGCCAUGCAGGUCCAGCCCACCGUCAUCGCUCACGCCACCGUCUCCCACGCUUCAGUCAUCCAGGCCGUCAAUAAUGCCCUUCCCGCCAAUCACAAACACCUAACGCAUAUCGCCCCAUCACCUGGCCCCAACUCUUCCACCCCUCAGGCGAUCACAGCGGCUCCGGCUGCCCCCGCCACCGCCACUCACCAGCCAAUAACUGCCCAGCCCAUCGGACACAUCACUGUCCAUCCGGUGGCCCACCUGGGCUCUCCUUUGGCAUCCCACCUCCCGACUCUCUACCCCCAGGGCAUGUCUGUGUCCCAGCCCACCAUGGUGGGCCACAUCGCCCACACCUUCGCCCACCACACCCUGCCUCACGUCCAGGCCAAUCCUCAAGCUAACACUAACGGCGCCCAGGUGAACAGCGCCACUGUGGUGAGCCAGGGAAGCCCGUCGCUAGGGAAACCCACAGCAGUGCUGGCCCCCCACCCACAGCUGGUUGGACAGGCUACUGUCCUGAACCCUGUCACCAUGGUUACAGUCCCAACCUUUCCUGUCAGCACGCUCAAACUGGCCUGAAACAGACAAUAACAGACAGGACGGAGUGAUGGAUGUGAGACAGGAGAACGAGUUUUCAUCUCCUGUCAGUCGCAGAGAGUCUCUGACAGACACGUGAACACUUGAGCAUCAACUGUUUCUGGACUUUGUGUGAUGAAUAUCUUCUGAGAUAUUUCAGUCACAGCUCUGUUAGUUUCUGAACAAUUACAUUAAAGCUGAGUCAGCAGGUUGGGCCAUUGUUUGUGAACAUGCGACUGUGACGUUUGUCUCCCCCGCAAACACAGGAACUCUUUUACCUUUUUAUCUUCCUUCCUUCCUUUUCUCUUUAUUUUACCGCCAGAGGCACUAACACAAUAAGCUCAGUUUGCACUCAGGCAUCAAGGAUUUACCUUAACUGGUCAUUCAGUCAUUUAGGGGAAAUGAUUACAGCGAGACAGAGAGAGGACUUUGGCCUGUUCCUACAGUGUGCCAGUUGUUUUGUAGACAUAUUCAUGAGCUCGUGUGGGACAUGUAACGUCACUCCUGUGUUUAAAGGGUGGAGCUGGAGUUGGAUUCAGUGGUCUCAUCCAGAUAAAUCACACACAGGGCCGCUUAUCAGUUAAUUACACCGCAUAACAUUACAUAGUUAAUUAGGGCUAAAACAUUGUCACGUACUGAUGCAGUUAUUUAGUUUUUUCUACCAGGAACACGACAGGAAAGUUUUUUGUUCUUCCCCUUUCGCUUUUGCCAUGAUCUAAGUUCGACACGUGGCAGAUGAAGUAACUCUUUAAACAUCUUGCAAAUAGUUUAAGGAAAAGAAUUUGAGGAUGGUAGUGCAAUAAUAAAACCUGACACGCUGCAGUUCAGAAUACAAAAAAAGGAGACAGCACAUCUUUUUAAAGGCAAAUUCUGCAGUGGAGUUAUUUUUUUCAUUUUCUUUUUAUCCACUACCUCAGAAGGCUUUUAUUUUGGAGGGCGACUCCAAAACAGCGGAUUUGCUCCAGAGAAUUGGGGCAGCGAUUGCUCGGUUUGGUCAGCGUACAGUAGUGUCUGUUAUUGAUGGCCCUGUGGAGAAGUUGUGUCAUGUUAACCACAAAUAAAAGUAGGGCAGUAAGUUUGAAGCGAGCAGGAGCUGAGUCAGAAAAGCAGCUGAGGAUAGAAGCUGGCAACUGAGAUUUUCCAGCUAUUUGUUGAAAAAAAAUAGUUAAAAGUAGGAAGAGCGUGCAGUGCAGUCAGCUUUAAUCUGGUUACCUACACCCACAGUGAAAAGCUUGCCUUCUGCUGGGGUUUUUUAAAGAAAGAUGUUAAAGGGUCUUGGCUAUCUUUCACUGCCAGAUUCAAAACCUGAGAAGAUCAGAGUUGCCCAGUUACCCACAGGUCAUUUGAGUGCAUCAACUCCAGUCUGCACACACUGGUGGUUAUUGAGGCUUAAAGCGGCUUAACGAGCCCUCAGGAAACCUGCUAGGACCGCGCCGAAGCUCGGCGGUGUUUGUGCGUUUUAAUAGGAUUGUUUAUUAGCUAAGACAUUUUGAAACCAACCAAGGCCUAUUUUAGACUGAGCGAGACUGUACGCAGAAAAUUGUCUGCAUACCUGCUCUCAAACAGUCAGGCAGGUUUCCUUUUGUCCCUUUGAUGAGUGAUGUUCCCUCAGCACACUGUGGGGAAAACAGGUUUCCAGCCUCUUUAGUGUAAGGCAACGGCUCCCUCUGCUGUCGUUACCCAGGCACACACAGCACACAAGUUUCCGAUGACGCUUUUAAAAAAUGUGAAAAUGCUUCUCUUUUUUUUAACUUAACAGAACAAAAAAAAAUAUAUGACUGUAUGGAAGCUUGUUUAUGCCACUAAAGAAAAACCCUCCCCGCAAUGUUGCCGUUCAGACUUCUGAGAACAUGACUUUAAAUGGUUAGUAUUUCGAAAUUUCAGCUUUCUCUGAAGUUUCGCUCAGUAAGAUGACAUUUUGAAGAAAAAAAAAAAUUACAUUCUUCCAGUGGUAGAAACAACCUUCCAUAGAGAUGAACUUUAUCACUUUAUCUACUUGUUUUGGAGGGCGAUGCAAGGCCAAAAAUGCAGCUUUUCAUUCCAAGAGAAAUUUGGAAGAGAUGUCCGACAAACGCUGAACACCAAAUCUUCAGCCCCAGUCCAGAAAAUGUGUUUAAAAAAAAAAAAAAUUAUUUAAAUUAAAAAAGCGGAAAGUGUGUUCGUGUGUGAGCGCAUUCUCACAGCCUUCUCGCCAGCCUAUUCAUCAGAUUUCUCUUCGGUAUAACGUCAUCAGUCUUGCGUGGCUCUGCUCCUCACCUCUGCUGGUUUCCGUGUGUUACGUAUGUAUAUGUGACUGUAUUCAGUAUGUUUUAUAUUCUGUACUAUAGCUAAUCCUAUUGUACCUGUAGCAUGGCUCUGUUUUUUGUUUAGGUUUUUUUGGGAGGGGGGUGUUUACCCUUUGCCCUGUGCAUGAUUGAAUGUGUGUGCGAGCGUGUAGCUAGCAGGUUAUUUUUUUACACAGAGGUGAUUUAUGGUAUGAGCCUGUUUGGGUGCUAUCGUGUGUGCCUCUACUCAGUUUUCCUGAACACUGUGACAGCUCUGGCAAAACAUGUACACAUCGAGCGAAUGGAAGAGACAAAGAUUUACUGUCACACUCGUUUUCUCUUUUUCUUUAUUCUCCUUUUUUUUUACCAUUUAAGGUUUCCAUAUUUGUGAGUUGGACUGAGACAUGAAAUGUAGGGGGGGCCAAAAAAAAGCUGUUGAUCCUUUCUUGAUAACCUAAUAAUGUCUAAUAUUUGAGUUUUUGUAAUAUUUGUAUGUAUGUAUGAAAGUUUUGUAAAUUUGUGAUUGUAUGCACGUUUUGGCAAAUGAGUGUAUGUAUCUUCAAGAUUUUAAAAAUGCUUGUUUCCUUUUUUUUGGUUUUGUUUUGCAUGUAGAUUCUGUUUAGUUUCUUUUGAUUAGAAGUUUUGUUUUAAUGUUUUAUUUCUGGGACCAUGUACAAUACUAUAUAACGUGGGCAGAAUCUUGGACCUCAUGCUACAUUGAUAUUAUAUAUGAAUAUAAAAACAUCUUUUCCCUAUGGAGAAAGUUUUAAGUUAUAUAUCGCCUGUACACUUUGGGCUGCCUUUUAGAUCUAACUGUCCACUGUUUAAGAUAACCAUGAUAAUAAUGGAUUAAAAAAAACAUAUUAAUGAAGAAUUAUGCUGAUGAAAUAAUAAAGAUUCUUAAUAAAUCUUAUUACAUUUACAACA